AUGGGGGUGGAGAGUGUGGGAUUUGCAGGACCUGCCGGUGGUCGAGAAAUUCCUGUAAGAGUUGGUGUUGUAGUCUUGAGGCUGAAGGCAGUCUGGAGGCAGAAAUUUCUCUUCCUUGGGGGACCCGAGUCUGCUUGUAAGGACUGCAACUGUUUGGAUGAGACUUACCCACAUCAGGGAAAUGUUGCAGCCCUAACCCCCAAUGUGGUGACAUUUGGAGAUGGGGCCUUUGGGUUUUGGCAAAAGAGGGCUACCACCCUGGCAAUGCUGCAGAAGGAUGAUGCAGCUUUCACAACAGAGAAGAGGACAUGUAUUUGGCUUUACUUCUCAGUAAGGGAAGCAAAAAAAUUUGUGAGUGAAAAUGAAGGAGCCCUUGGGAAAGGAAAAGGAAAGCGGUGGUUUGCAUUUAAGAUGAUGAUGGCUAAGAAAUGGGCGAAAUUUCUUCGUGAUUUUGAAAACUUCAAAGCUGCUUGUGUCCCGUGGGAAAACAAAAUCAAAGCAAUUGAAAGUCAGUUUGGCUCAUCGGUGGCCUCAUACUUCCUCUUCUUGAGAUGGAUGUAUGGAGUAAAUAUGGUUCUCUUUAUCUUGACAUUCAGCCUCAUCAUGUUGCCAGAGUACCUCUGGGGUUUGCCAUAUGGCAGUUUACCUAGGAAAACAGUUCCCAGAGCUGAAGAGGCAUCUGCGGCAAACUUCGGUGUGUUGUACGACUUCAACGGCUUGGCGCAAUAUUCCAUCCUCUUUUAUGGCUAUUAUGACAAUAAACGAACAAUUGGAUGGAUGAAUUUCAGGCUGCCGCUCUCCUAUUUUCUGGUGGGGAUCAUGAGCAUUGGAUACAGCUUUCUGGUUGUCCUUAAAGCGAUGACCAAAAAUAUCGGGGACGAUGGGGGUGGUGAUGACAACACCUUCAACUUCAGCUGGAAGGUAUUCACCAGCUGGGACUACCUGAUUGGCAAUCCAGAAACAGCAGACAACAAAUUCAAUUCCAUCACCAUGAACUUUAAGGAAGCUAUCAUAGAGGAGAGAGCAGCCCAAGUAGAAGAAAACGUCCACUUGAUCAGAUUCCUGAGGUUUCUUGCUAACUUCUUCGUGUUUCUAACACUUGGAGGGAGUGGAUACCUCAUCUUUUGGGCUGUGAAGCGAUCCCAGGAAUUUGCACAGCAAGAUCCUGACACCCUUGGGUGGUGGGAAAAGAAUGAAAUGAACAUGGUCAUGUCCCUCCUGGGGAUGUUCUGUCCAACCCUGUUUGACUUAUUUGCUGAACUGGAAGACUACCAUCCUCUAAUUGCUCUGAAAUGGCUACUGGGACGCAUUUUUGCUCUACUCUUAGGCAACUUGUACGUAUUUAUUCUUGCGUUGAUGGAUGAGAUUAACAACAAGAUUGAAGAAGAGAAGCUGGUAAAGGCCAAUAUUACCCUCUGGGAAGCCAACAUGAUCAAGGCCUAUAAUGCAUCACUCUCUGGAAAUAGCACUGGACCACCUUUUUUCGUGCACCCUGCAGAUGUACCUCGAGGACCCUGCUGGGAAACAAUGGUGGGACAGGAAUUUGUGCGGCUGACCGUUUCUGAUGUUCUGACCACUUAUGUCACAAUCCUCGUUGGGGACUUUCUCAGGGCAUGUUUUGUGAGGUUUUGCAAUUACUGUUGGUGCUGGGAUUUGGAAUAUGGAUAUCCUUCAUACACUGAAUUUGACAUCAGCGGCAAUGUCCUCGCUCUGAUCUUCAACCAAGGCAUGAUCUGGAUGGGCUCCUUCUUCGCCCCCAGCCUCCCAGGCAUCAAUAUCCUUCGACUCCACACAUCCAUGUACUUCCAGUGCUGGGCCGUGAUGUGUUGCAACGUUCCCGAGGCCAGGGUCUUCAAAGCUUCCAGAUCGAAUAAUUUCUACCUGGGCAUGCUAUUGCUCAUUCUCUUCCUGUCCACCAUGCCUGUCCUGUACAUGAUCGUAUCCCUCCCGCCAUCUUUUGAUUGUGGCCCCUUCAGUGGCAAAAAUAGGAUGUUCGAAGUCAUUGGAGAAACACUGGAGCAUGAUUUCCCAAGCUGGAUGGCAAAGAUCUUGAGACAGCUCUCUAACCCCGGACUGGUUAUUGCUGUCGUUUUGGUUAUGGCUUUGACCAUCUAUUAUCUCAAUGCUACUGCCAAGGGCCAGAAGGCAGCAAAUCUGGAUCUAAAGAAGAAGAUGAAACAGCAAGCUUUGGAGAACAAAAUGCGCAACAAGAAAAUGGCAGCUGCCCGAGCAGCUGCAGCUGCUGGUGGCCAGUAGCGUUCCCAGGUAUGCUGGGGGCCCAGAAGGACUCUUCACCUUGCUGUUCAAAACCAGCCACUUCUGAAAAGGGCAAGAACACAAGCAUUGUGAAGUUGCCGUUCCCCUCUUCUAACCCUGAUGUAUUGUCAAGGUCAUGCUGGUCAAUCCAGGCGUCACCAGUCUUAGUUCAGCAAGAAGGAUCUCCACCUUGUUCCAAACUCAGGGAUUUGUUCCUCCACCACCAACUUUUCCCCUGACUUAUUUCCCUGGCUUUUCUUCUAACUAAUGGAAUUUAAAAGUGGAUGUGAUUCAACAAUACAGGUUACUGGUUUACCUGUUGCAUUAAUUAAAAAAAACUUUGGG